AUGAACGAAACCCACGACGAAAUCCCUGAUUGGGCGUUGGACCCAGUAUCUCGAGAGAUCAUGUCCUGUCCAGUUACCAUUAGUGCACCCUGUCGUCAUGUGAUGGAUAAGUCCACCUUUAUCAACUGGACAAGGCAAGACUACACGGUGUGUCCUGCUUGCUACCUGCCCUUGACCCAAAUGGUGGCUCACAAGAACAAGGAAAUGGCAAGAAAGAUUCACUUGCUACAGAACAAAAAUGAUCCAGAUGACGGUGAUAUCAGCUUUCAUCCGGAAAUGAACUUGUCCUCGUCCAUUGUGCUUCCACCAAACUCUACUACAGCAAUCCACAAAACCUUGUCACUGGAUUCUCGCAUACGAUUCAGCAAAUCCGAAAAUCUCUCCAGUCAGACUACCAAAUUCCUUCAACAAACGGCAGCUAGAAGUUCCUGGGACACUCCAAAAGGAAUGGACUCCUUUUGCAACCAUGAGGAAAACAUUACUCCAAGAGAAAACCAACUCCAUGAUUGCAGACAUUCCACUAGGACUACCAAAGUCAGCAACCGCACCACGAGAUCCAGAUCUUCGUCUCCUUUGCGGCGUCCCGUGUCGGCACCCACCGCCCCAACUACUAUUAACACUACUGGACGACGAGGACGAAACCGAUCCGCAUCACCCACCCGAAUCCGCAUCACUACUCGAUCCAAGAGCCCCAGUCCUAGGGUCAUUAAAACUUGCAGUCCAAGGACGCUCCAACGUCUCGCCAGUCCUCCAUCAUCGCCCCACAGUACCGGCACCAGUAGCAGUCCAACGGCGGCAUUGUUGGGCAAACUCAAGGGAAAAGUCCUCGCUCCAAAGGUUCCAAUAUUAAAGACAACUCGGAGCAAGGAUCUUGUACAAGGCAAUACAGUUUGCAUCUAA